AUGUCGAACACUUGCCCGACUCUAGCUACCUUCAAGCUCCCCGAAAUCCCCAAUGAACCCAAUCAACAUUAUGAGCCUGGCAGCCCAUCCAGGACUGCCUUGGAUGCAGCUAUCAAAGAGAUGCGAGCGGGCAUGCCAUAUUCCGUCGGACCCGUCAUCGAUGGUGUCGAGUUACACAAUGGCCCUACUGCAGCUCAAGUGCUUCCACACGAUCACAAAACCGUGCUUUGCAACUUCCACACCGCUUCACCUGAGCUGAUCACCAAGUCAAUCGAAGGAUGCUUGAAAGCCAAAGCACAAUGGGAAGCCUUGCCAUUUAACGACAGGUCUGCAAUCUUCUUGAAGGCGGCCGACCUGCUAUCAUCCCCCAGAUGGAGGUACAAAAUCAUGGCUGCUACCAUGCUUGGUCAAGGAAAAAACGCUUGGCAAGCAGAGAUCGACGCUGCUGCUGAGAUGUGCGACUUCUUCAGGUUUGGCGUCAAAUACGCCGAAGAAAUGUAUGCUCAGCAACCACCAAAGAACUCGGUCGGUGUUUGGAACCGUGUCGAGUACAGACCCCUAGAAGGUUUUGUGUAUGCGAUCUCUCCUUUCAACUUUACUGCCAUCGGCGGUAACUUGGCUGCAGCACCUGCCCUCCUCGGAAAUGUAGCUAUCUGGAAGCCUUCUCCAAUGGCUGUUUACGCCAACUAUCUCACUUACAAGCUGUUAGAAGAGGCCGGACUGCCCAAAGGUGUUAUCCAAUUCAUACCGGUUGCGGGCGCUGAUGUGGAAACAGCCUGCAAACAGAUUUUUGGUCAUCCAGAAUUCGCCUCGUUGCAUUUCACUGGCUCUACUGCAGUCUUCCGCAAAUUAUGGUCUGACAUCGCCCAAGGAGUCUCGACUGCCGCUCUGCGAUCAUACCCUCGAGUAGUCGGUGAGACUGGCGGGAAAAACUUCCAUCUUGUCCAUUCCACCGCACCGGUCCGACCAACCGUGCUGCAGUCAAUCCGUGCCGCCUUUGAAUACAGCGGUCAGAAAUGCAGCGCUUUGUCUCGUCUUUAUGUCCCGGAAAGCAUCUGGCCCGAGUUUUCCCGCAUCCUCAAAGAGGAGGUCGCCAAACUCAAAGUUGGAAGCCCCGAGGAGUGGAGCACAUUUGUAGGACCUGUGAUCUCACAAGGCUCUUUUGAUAAAAUCACUGGUUUGAUCCAAAGCGCCAGAAACGCCGGCGACGAAAUUCUCAUUGGCGGCAGAGCCGAUGCCUCGAAGGGAUACUUCAUCGACCCCACGGUCAUCCUGACCCGCAAUCCUCGAUCGAUCACCAUGACUGAGGAGCUGUUUGGUCCGGUCAUUACCACAUACGUUUAUCCCGAUGCAGAGUUUGAGCAGACCUGUGAUUUGAUAGACUCAAGCUCAGCCUACGCACUGACUGGUUCUAUUUUCGCUGCCGAUCGUCAUGCUGUAGUUAUGGCAUCGAACAAGCUCAGACGAGCUGCUGGUAACUUCUACAUCAACUCGAAGUGCACUGGAGCUGUUGUCGGUCAACAGCCAUUCGGAGGAUCCAGAGCCAGUGGUACCAACGACAAAGCUGGGAGCAUCAACUUGCUCUACCGAUUUGUCAAUGCUCGCAGUAUCAAAGAGGAAUUCUUGCCCAUUGAUGAAGCCCACUAUCCCUCCAACUUGGUCUAA